AUGGAUCACACGACAAUAACUUUUGUAACUGAAAAUGUCAACAAGGUAGCGGAUGUUGCGGGCAUACUUGGUCAGAUCGGGAUCGUGGUCCAACAGCACGCUGUGGAACUUUCUGAGCUCCAAGGCACAAGCGCGAAUAUCGUUAUCGACAAAUGCAGAAAUGCGGCCAAAAUUGUCGGAGGCCCAGUGCUGGUGGAGGACACGAGCCUCUGCUUCAAGGCUAUAGGAGACCUUCCAGGACCGUAUAUGUUAGUAGAAACCCCGCCCUCAUCAGCCCCUGUCUCAAAGUGGUUCCUAGAGGCACUUGGCCCGCAAAGACUGCACUUAUUGUUGGCAGGCUUUUCUGAUUAUCGUGCACAAGCCGUGUCUACAAUUGGCUACAGCCAAGGGCCUGGCCACGUCCCUAUACUUUUUCAAGGCCGGGCCGAUGGAACUAUUGUGCCGGCUCGUGGCUCGGUCAACUUUGGAUGGCACUGUUGUUUCGAGUAUGGCAGCACGAACCUAACAUUCGCGGAAAUGGGAGAUCAGGAGAAACACAAGGUCUCUCACCUUGGCAAGGCUUUGGAUCGGUUUAUAGCUUGGUUACUGACUGGGUCUAACCCAGCAUUAGAGGUACAAAAGAACCUUUUGAACGCUUAG